UAUAUUCGAGCGUUUCCCCGAAAAGCUCCCCGCACGGCUGCUCUACUUCUCCCCUCUCCUCCUGCCCCCAUGGCGGCCCGUGAGGUCUCCGCUUCCGCCGCCGCAGGCGAGGGGGCGCGACGUCCGCAGUCGCGGCCCACGCUCUCACUGCCCCCGCGCUCCGCCGUCGAGUCCCUCUUCGCCGGCUCCUCCUCCUCGGCCGCUGGCGCCGAGACCAGCCCCGGCCCGCUCACCCUCGCCGCCACGCUCUUCCCUGACGCGGCCUCCCCGGCCUUCCACGGCUCUUUCACGCAGCUCCUCGUCGGCGCCAUAGGCUCCCCCGCCGCCGCCGGGGGCCCCUCGCCGCUCUCCCCGUUCGCCGUGCCUCCGGGGCUCAGCCCCGCCGCGCUCCUCGGCUCCCCCGGGCUCUUCUCCCCCACGGGGAGUUUUGAGAUGUCCCAUCAACAAGCAUUAGCACAAGUAACAGCACGAGCAGUACACUCUCCGUACAACAUGGUCAAUCAAACAGAUUACUCACUCCCUUUCUCAUCGAUGACAACACGAGCUUUGACGUCACAGCAUGUCAAUUCUUCUGCCAAUGUGACAUCAACACAGGAGAUACCAACUCAGCCAUCACAUACAGCUAAUAGCAACAUUGAAUCCAAUGAGGUUUCCCAAGGAUUCCAAGCUUCUGCACUCACUGUGGAUAAACCUGCUGAUGAUGGCUACAACUGGCGGAAGUAUGGCCAGAAGGCAGUUAAGGGUGGGGAGUAUCCAAGGAGUUACUACAAAUGUACCCAUGUGAGCUGUCCAGUUAAGAAAAAAGUGGAGCGCUCAGCAGAAGGACAUAUUACUCAGAUAAUUUAUAGAGGUCAGCAUAAUCAUCAGCGUCCAGCAAAAAGGAGGUCCAAAGAUGGUUGUGAUUUACUAAAUGAAGAGGAUGAUUUCCAUCAGAAUGAAGAUGCUUCAACUAGAUCAGAACCAGGCUCUGAAGAUCACUCUGGAAAAUGUGAGGCAUCAAAUGGCAUCGCAGGACCUUCAAUGUCUAAGAGGGGAGAGGGAGGUGAGGAAUUGUCGGGAUCUAGCGAUAGCGAGGAGGAGGGGGAUGAUGAAGUAAAGGCUGGCAAUGGAGACGCUAGUCAUGCAAAUACAAACAAAAGACAUGUGCCAACUCCAGCUCAAAGGAUCAUCGUGCAAACAACUAGUGAGGUUGAUCUUCUGGAUGAUGGCUUCCGGUGGCGCAAGUAUGGACAGAAAGUGGUCAAAGGGAAUCCCCACCCAAGGAGUUACUACAAAUGUACAUACCAAGGAUGUGACGUGAAGAAGCAUAUCGAAAGAUGUUCGCAGGACCCAAAGGCCGUCAUAACUACAUAUGAAGGGAAGCACAACCAUGACGUGCCAGCGGCCAGGAACAGCAGCCAUGCUGCUGCUAAUGUCAAUGCGUCAUCUUCCAACAGCGUACCACACAGGGGACAUGAUUCAGCAUCCAGUAGUCGUAGAGCAGACUUACAAAAUGCGUCAUCAGCUUCUUCCAUGCUACUAAAAGAAGAAAAUGAAAUAACAUAAACUCUUGAAGUGUCUAACCGCCUAAAUUAUUUUGUUCUCUUGUCCCAUUCCUGGGUUCGCUACUUUGCGCUCGGCGCUGGAGCAAAUGGGCAUAGUAAGUUCUGCCAUUGGUUUCGGUCAAGGGCAAAAUCCUUUGCUGUGCCCUUCAAA